AUGCCCUCCGAAAUCCCAAAAACCUACUCCGCUCUCUUCACCCUCCUCGACCCGCUAAUUGCCCUCUGGGGCACAUCCCUCUUCCUCCUAUCCCCGCACACCGUGACAUCCUCGUACCUCCCGGACAACUACACCCGCGCUUCCUCCUUGGACCCUUCGACCUCCCACCCGGCAGCGGCAGCCUCCCUAGACCCCGCGGCCUUCCAGGAGUACAACCUCCCCCUGCACGCCCAGAUCGCCGGCCACCUCCUCUCCAACGCCCUCCUAUCCAUCCUGCUGCUGCGCGCCGCGCCCAACAACCUCAAAGUAUGGCGCAUCUACCAGCUCUCCCUCUUCGUCGUUGACGUCUUUCUCCUCUACGGGACCUUUGCGUCGUAUCGCGUCCAGGGGCGUUUGAGCCCCUUGACGUGGCGCGUCGAGGACUGGGGCGCUCUGAGCAUCACGACGCUGGCUGGGUUAGCAAGGGCCGCAUUCCUGCUGGGAGUGGGCUUUCCGAAGCAGGACAGGGCGAAGAAGGCUUGA